GUUUUGUCGAGCAGUUGAAGCUGAAUAUAGUCAUGGGUAAAGAUCCAAAUAAGCCCAGAGGGAAAACGUCCUCUUACGCCUUCUUCGUGCAAACCUGCCGGGAGGAACACAAGAAGAAAAACCCAGGGACCUCGGUGAACUUUUCAGAGUUCUCCAAGAAGUGCUCUGAAAGAUGGAGGACCAUGUCCUCCAAGGAGAAGGGCAAGUUUGAGGAAAUGGCUAAGACUGAUAAGGUUCGCUAUGACCGAGAGAUGAAAAACUAUGUGCCUCCGAAAGGUGCAAAGGGAGGGAAAAAGAAGAAGGAUCCAAAUGCACCAAAGAGGCCACCAUCUGCUUUCUUUGUCUUCUGCUCUGAUCAUCGUCCAAAGGUGAAGGGCGACAACCCGGGCAUCUCUAUUGGUGACAUUGCAAAGAAGCUUGGGGAAAUGUGGUCCAAGCUUUCACCAAAAGAGAAGUCUCCAUAUGAGCAGAAGGCCAUGAAGCUGAAGGAGAAAUAUGAAAAGGAUGUUGCUGCAUAUCGCGCCAAAGGUGGAAAACCAGAUGGUGCCAAGAAGGGUGGACCUGGCCGGCCAGCAGGAAAGAAGGCAGAAGCUGAUGAUGACGAUGAUGAGGAUGAAGAUGAGGAGGAUGAGGAAGAAGAGGAUGAGGAGGACGAGGAUGAUGAUGACGAAUAAACUAUCAGGAAAACUUGAGCUGAGUUGUUUGCAAAACAAUGUGAAUGCAUUUUUUAGCAUUUAAAAAUUUAAGACAUGUACAGAAAUGUGUAUAAUUGAAUACAUAUGGAGGUCAUGUGCUGUUUUGUAAAUGUAACAGCUUUAUUUUUUUUUUAAAGCACUGCUUUUUUUUGUCUGAUAGCUGUGGAUGCUUUGGUUUCUUUCCCUGUUUCAUUAUUUCUACUGCCAUUUUAAGACUAAUGAGGAACAAUUUGACUGUAGUGUCUCAAUUUUUAAAGCAAGCUUUAAAGUUGUCUAGACUGAAUUUUUUUUUUCUUUUUUUAAUUUUGUAUAUUAUGACUGUUUCCCCUUUUCACUGUGUGCAAUUUUGAAUUCAUUUGACUUAUUAAAGGAUUUUGCA